UAAGCAUGUUCAGGAGUCUGAAAUUAAAUGUGAUGUUUUAGUUUCUUGAUGAUUUUCAAAUUGACUGCACCAUAAUCCUCGCAUCUUGUGAGAAAUGGAUCGCUGGGUGAAAAAGAUUGCCGUUGUGACGGGAGCGAGUGCAGGAAUCGGUGCUGCGAUUGCUAAGGAUCUGGCCAAAGCUGGGAUGAUCGUCGUGGGAUUGGCGAGAAGAGUGGAAAAAGUCGAAGAGCUGAAGAAUGAUCUUCCUGAAGAUGUGCGCCAAAAUCUCCAUUCCGCGAACUGCGACGUGAUGAAAGAAGAGGAAAUUAUAAAGACUUUCGCUUGGAUUGAUGAGAAAUUCGGAGGAGUGGAUGUCCUGAUCAACAAUGCUGGCAUCCUCAUUCCUUCUGUACGUUUAAUCGACGAAGGAAACUCUUCAGCAAUCCUUGAUACAGUGAAUACCAAUCUGAUCGGAUUGAUUUUCUGCACUCGCGAGGCUUUCAAAUCCAUGAAGAAGCGCUCUUUUGCUGGUCACAUCGUUCAUAUUAGCAGUUUGGCUGGACAUAUUGUACCUAAUGUUCAAAAAGACCUUCCAGGUGCGAAUUUUAAUGUCUAUUCUGCUACAAAACAUGGUGUAAAAGCCAUUACAGAAAACCUACGCCAAGAGUUAUUGAUUGAAAAUUUGGGAAUUAAAGUGAGUUGCAUUAGUCCAGCACUGGUGAAAACGGACAUAUACAAUGCUCAAUCCCCUAACGCCGAAAAUGCGGGAGCACUGGACCACAUGCCACAGCUCGAGUCCGAAGAUAUUUCGGCUGCUGUACUUUAUAUUUUGGGAACUCCUCCGCAUGUGCAGAUUCAUGACAUCAUAAUUAAAGCAGUUGGAUCGUUUGUUUGAAACUC